UCCUUCUAACGGCCCAUCCCGUACUCUUCCCCUCUCCAACCUUUCUCGGCCCAGCUGCCGUAAACCCGACCGAGGAUCCCACCGCACCUCGCCGUCGGCGGCUCACCGGAGACACGAGUGCCCCGCUACUGCCACCCAUGGCGUCCCGCCGCGUCCUCCACCUCCUAACGGCAUCUCGGGGCAUCUCCUCAACCCCACAUCUCGCCUCCCUCGGGUGGAUCAACAAGAUCAAGGACACCUUCACCGGCAAGAAGGCCGCCGACUCACCCUUCCCCCCGUCCGAAUCCUUCAAUCUCAACAUGUUCGCGGAUUCGAUGGAGAUGGCGAGGAAGGUGGGAACUUUCAAGAACUUCGUGUCAGGGAGAUGCAGCGAGGCCACCGUCGUAGCCGCCUGCGAGAAGCACGCCGCCGUUCUCCGCUACCUCGCCACCAUCGACCCAACCGGCGAGAAGCUCAAAACCAGUGACAAAAUUAGUGCCACCAAGCAUUGCAACUGCACAAUUGCUGAUGUCGAGCACAUACUGGCCAAGUACACAUGGGCUAAAGAUGCCCAAAAGAAGAUUGAAAAACUCAAAGAAGAAGGAAAGCCAGUGCCAAAGACAUUUGCUGAGGUGCAAAAUCUAAUGGGUAAUACAGCCUUGGACCUUGGAAGAGCUAAUCUGGCAAAGAGUGGUCAGAUAAGUAGGAAUGCUCUCUGCCCAUGCGGUUCUAAGAAACGAUAUAAAAAGUGUUGUGGGGCUUCUUGAGGUGAAAACCCAUGCUUUCCUUUUGCUUGCUAGAGCUGACUGGGGCAGAGUUCUGCUCUGCUGUGAUCAAGAAAAGCACGUCGGGAUUCUGAACCUAGACAGCGAGACUACAUCAGCGGCUGAAAGAGCCAAACUUAAUUGUCGCAAACCUGGCUGCGGGACUUGUAAAGCGCCAUAAGGGGCUCUGUAUUAUGGGAUAAACCUUUUCCUAAACCCUGUGAUGUCUGGCCUUAGUUUAUUUGAUUUGCUAUGCAGACAGUUCAAAGCAUCCACGGGCAUGGAAGCCUGAUGUUUCAAACUUCCUAUUGGUCAGUUUAUUGAAGUUCUAUGUACAUUGAGGAGCUGAUAUUCUUGCAUCUGAACAAAAUUACAGGAGA